AAAACUGUUUCAGUACUCCAGGGGUUGAUCAAAAUAUUUGGAACUGGCAGAAGAAAGCUGAACAGAUUAAAAAAGCUGAAUUCAUAAGAGAAGGAGAAAAACUAAAAACCCAGUUUAUGAAUAUUGAAAAGGAUAAAAAUAGCCUUCUCUUCCACAAGAAAAGUGACUUUAGAUUGGAGUACAGCACACUAGAAGAACUGGAAUACAAACUGACUAAAAACCGGAAAGAAGAAAAAGUUAAAAUCCAGCAACAACUGACAAAAAUUCAUAAUAAUGUUAAGGGACUUCAGCGGCAAUUGAAAGAUGUGAAACCAACCCCAGAAUUUGUUGACAGACUCAAAGAAAUUAUGGAAGAAAUUGAAAAUGCAAUAAACAACUUCAAAGAACAACAACGACAAAUCUAUGAGGAGCUUAUAAGAGAGGAGAAGACUUCUACUAAUGAGCUUAAUGGCUUGGAGAGAAAAAUUGAAAGGUGGACACUGGGUACUUCAGCAACAGAAAAAGCUUUCAGGCAAGGCACAAUUCCAGUAGAUAAAGAGAUUCAAAAUCAUCUGCCUGAUGAGGUACUAGAGCUUGAAAGGUUUCUUCAGCAAACAGGAGGAAGAUACGGAGGGUGGGAUGAAUAUGAUCAUCAGGUUUUUCUGAAAUUGUGGACAAAGCAUAAAGGAAAACCAUCAUAUAUUGAGGAAGCCCAUGAUUAUUUUCCUGAAAGAACAAAAGAGGAUAUUCAGCAGCAUGAGAAAUGGUAUCAAGAAUUUCUAAUUUUAGAAGCAAGAAAAAAGGAGUCUAUUAAAAAGUGGAAGACAAAAAAACAACAAGAAAGGGACAAAAUCUUAGCCCCAAAACAGAGCCCAGAAAAAGCACACUCCUCAAAUCUUCAGUGGGAAAAAGCUCAGAAGCAAAAGGCUGAAGAAGAAAGGAAAAAGCAUUUGGAAGACCUUAAAAGAUGGAGAAGACAAAAAGCAAUAGAGCAUGCAAUGAAGCAAGCUGCUCGACUGGAAGAAGAAGAAGAGAAAGAGAAGAAAAUGCAGAGAGAACGAGAGCGGCAGUUCCAGAUAAAGUUGCUGUUGGAAGAGUAUGGUAGGCAGAAAAAGGAGCAGGAAGAGUUUGUGAGGCUUGAAAAAGAGAAAAGAGAGGAAGCUGAAAGGGAAGAAAGGAAAAGAACUGCUGCAGAAGAAAUUCUUAAAUUUCAAGAGCGAGAUCUGCAUAAACUUGAGCUUCAGAUUCUAGAAAAACAGAAGAAGGAAGAAGAAAAGAUGGAAAAGGAAAAAAGAUUGUCCAAGUUGAGAGAGAAGGUUGAAAUCAAUGUACUGCGAGACCCAUCUAGGCUGUACAAACUCACAAAAGUUUGGGAGGAACGAACAAAAGAGAUUGGACCAGUGGGUACAGAGCCACUUAUGCAUAUUCCACACAGGGCUGUCCCAACCUGGCGACAAGGGCUAUAGCUGGAUGUCUGCA